CCCCACACCCCUGGCCCCUUAGCGUCCACGCCGCUGCUUCUUCAUGCGUUAGAUUGAAUGCACUGCUCGCCUCACCUGUAUGGCAUGCCAGAGCAGAAGCCAUACCUGCGCCUUUGAAAAUUGAGGGUAACAGGAAGUCCCAGGAUGGUGGUCCUGACCCCCUGCCGAUUCGCCACCAUCUUGCUGACUAUGCUGCUCCUGGGGGGGAUCGGAGUGGCUGUGUGGGCAGUUGUAACGUAUCUGAUCAAGGCAGAAGACACGGGUUUGUAUGAGGUCCAAGUGAACUCUGCCAACCUGCGGCUCACCGUGUUCGACUCCACCCAGGGCAGGUGGAGGUAUGUCUGCUCCUCCAGUUCCAACCAGGUCCUGGCCAGCAUCAGCUGUGAGGAGAUGGGCUUUGUCAGGGCAUUGAACUACUCAGUGUCCACCAUCCCGGACGGCAGCAAAGACUCCGAGGACUUCUUCUGCGUGAACGCCAAGGAGAUCGUACAUGGAAGGAAGAUUAAGGAGUUCCUCCUGCCUUGCAACUGUGCAAGUGGGGAAGUUCUGACUGUGAUUUGCCAAGACUGUGGCCGUCGCAGCCUGACGGAGGACAGGAUUGUGGGGGGUGAGGAGUCUAAGCUGGGGCGCUGGCCCUGGCAGGUCAGUCUGCAGUAUGACGGGGCUCACCAGUGCGGGGGCUCCAUCAUCUCUGACCGCUGGAUCGUGAGCGCCGCGCACUGCUUCCCUGAGAGGUACCACCACGUGGCACGCUGGCGUGUGCUGCUGGGCUCCAUCUACAAGACGGCCACGCACAAGAGCGUGCACGUGGCCGAGGUUCAGACCGUGGUGUUCCACAGCAGCUACCUGCCCUUCAUCGACCCCACCAUCGAUGACAACAGCCGUGAUAUCGCCAUCCUGGCCCUCACCCACCCCCUUCAGUUCACCGACUACAUCCAGCCGGUGUGCCUGCCCACCCAUGGCCAGCGCUUGGUGGAGGGGAAGAUGGGGGCUGUGACUGGCUGGGGAAACACCGAAUAUUACGGCCAUUCCCCAGAUAUUCUACACGAGGCCUACGUUCCCAUCAUCAGCGACGCCGUCUGCACCUCCCCUGAGUACUACGACAGUCAGGUCACCAACACCAUGUUCUGCGCGGGCUACGAGAAAGGGGUCAUUGACGCCUGCCAGGGGGACAGCGGCGGACCGUUCGUGUCUGAGGACACGCUGUCGAAGACCAGCCGCUACCGCCUGCUGGGGGUGGUGAGCUGGGGCACGGGCUGUGCCCAGGCCAAGAAGCCUGGCGUCUACACCAAGGUGUCCAGGUUCCUGCCCUGGAUCUCCGCUGCUAUGAGGAACUACGAGAACAUGCCAGGUGUUCACAAAAUGGCCCGGGCGUGAAUAUUUGAGGCAGCGUCUUUUUUUGUUGCUGCCAAGGGGACUUGAGUGGACAUGUCAGAAAAACUCCUCCACUUCCCUCUCCCAAGGAACUUUUGUCUUUCCCCAUCUGACAAUCCCAGCACCCAAAGAGGUGAAUAAGGGGACACCGAUUAUCCCCAAGUGAUUUUUUGUACUAAAAGGAAAGUUAAGAUUUGUAAUAUUUUUAUAUUACAAAUAAUAUUAACUUGUUGACUGUUAAACAUAGCCACAGCCUUAGGAUUGUCUGCUAUCAUCAUCUGACUGAAGUGUCUCACUUUAAGUGUUCUUCCUUUUCAAGCUUAUGUUUAUCCAUUUUCUUGUUAUUGAUGCUGUAAUUUUGGAUGCCUGUUGAAUGUAUCAUUUAUGAUAGCUGGCUCUCCCUCACCCCGUAGUGCACCAAUUUGGCCCGUGCCAAGGUUUGUGUACUUAUAGACUUCCUGUUGAUUUUAUGUAUAGUUAUGUACGUUUUUUUUUUUUAAAGAGUGACACAUCGAAAGAAGCUAAAAUAGAAUUUGUAAUGACUUUUGGUGCUUUGACAGAGGAGUAGUUUUUAGAGGAGUCUGCAGGCUUCAGCUUUGAAGAUGUUAUAUUUUAUGAAAAGUAUAUAAUCUGAAAAAUGGUAAGUUGAUGUAUGAUGGUUAACGGCAGCCCGAAACUCAGUGCUUUGUAAAUGACUAAUUUCUCAAUGCAUUUUCAGAUAUAGAAAACUAUGAAAGACAAACCUUAUCACAUAUGACAUGGUUCUGCCUUUUAGAUUAUUAUGUACCUGUGAAGUGAAGUUGUUUAUGUGAAGCUAUCGUAUGAAGGUAUCCUAACAGAGUUCCGCUACCCAGCAGUGUGAGGGGUAAUGACCUCGCUUGGAGCAAGAUUUAGCCAUCCAUGGUGCACUUUGUCCUUUGAAUAAUUUGCCUUUUUUUGUUUUGGUUACUUGUGCAACAUUAAUCAAUGUGGUGUGCUGAAGCAGAUCAGCAAACACAGGCAGGGUCACGCAUGAAAUAACACAGCUGAGCAGAUGUGUGUCGCUGAGACUGAAUGCGAUGCGAAGCGAUGCGAUUACACACCAUUGUUGUAAAGGGCUAAAUGUGGUAAUGCCUUGAGCCAGAUACACCAUUUGUGAGGGCAAAGUAUAUUGUGGUGACAUUUAAUCUGGGACCUGGAUACAAAAUGGCUCCAUGGUAUGGGAUGAAACCGGAUUAGUUUUUUUAUCUUAAGAAAGUUAUUUCCCUUUCUCGUUCUUGCACUUUCCCCGCCUUUCCAGUUUCUCAGUAAAUGUCCUCAGUAGGAUUGAAGAUAAUUCUGUGAAAAUCUUCACACUGGGUAUUGCUAAUCAUGAUGCUAUGUUGCCCACAGCCUCGCCCUUGUAUUUCUUUUAAUUGACACUAUGUGUUAUAUUUAACUUAAUUUAUGCAGCUGUCUAUAUGUAGCCUACACAAGCAAACACAAUUUGCAGUGGGCUGUAAGCAAAGUAGUCCUGAGAUCAGAGCAAGAGCUGGAGCAUCAUUUCUCUCUUUUUUAUUAAAAGGCACCAUGGAAACAGACCUUUGUUUCUCUUCAUUUCUGUGUCUCAGUGGUCAGUAGUGCCUUGCCUUGCUCCACGCACAAACACAAAUGUCUAUACCUUCGGGUACCUUAGUAUUCAAUAUGUUGUUUGUUUAUGUUGGCUGUGUUUUGAUAACUCGAGGUUUUUGUAACCUGCUACACAUUUAGAAUAAGAUCAGAGUCCAGUCCUUGGUCCUUUUCUAUUCUGUCAACUGCCAGAAUCUGUUUAUACUAGCCUAGUUAUUAUAUACACUCAGUGAGCACUUUAUUACUUUUAUCAGUGAGACUUUUUUUUUUUCUUCUGCUGCUGUAGCCUAUCCACUUAAGAUGUUUGAUGCAUUGUGUGUUCAGAGAUGCUCUUCUUCACACCACUGUUGUAAUGUCUGGUUAUUCCCUUCUCCUCUGACCUCAUUAACAAGGCGUUUUUUCCUGCAGAACUGCUGCUUACUGGAUGUUUUUUUGUUUUUCGCAUCAUUCUCUGCAAACUCUAGAGACUGUUGUGUGUGAAAAGCCAGGGAGAUCAGCAGAUAUCCCAACCACCCUGCCUGGCACAAGCAAUCAUUCCACGGUCAAAGUCACUUAGAUCCCAUUUCUUCCCCAUUCUGACAUUUGGUCUGAAAAACAGCUGAACCUCUUGUCUGCAUGCUUUUAUGCCUUUAUUGAUUGGCUGAUUAAAUAUUUGCAUUAACAAGCUAGUGUACAGGUCUACCUAAUAAAGUGCUCAGUGAGUGUAGCAGGCAAUGUCAUUGUGGAACAGGUGAUUGACAGAAUUGAGGCCCUUAGGAUGGUGUGGAUCCAUGUUUUUGGUGAGAGAGAGAACUCUUUCUAUUAGCUGGCUCUGGAGGGAGGGUGUCAGAAAUCCAUGACAUUAACUCAUCUCACACGCUUUCGCAGUGGGAAAUGCAAGCUGCUGAAUACGAACGUUACGGAUGUUUGAAUCAGUGUUUUUUUUAUUCAGCGUAGCUUACCUUAGCUUAGCUUGUGACAUGAUACUAAGUACACAACCGGUCAGACACGAGAUGCAGUGAGUCUAACCACAGACUGACCCGUUGAUGUGGGCUGAUCAAUCCGGUGUGAGGCUGCCUGUUGCCUUGAGAACGGGUUUGAAGUAGCCACGCACCAGGGUCCUCUGCGGUAGCUUAUACCUGGUAGAAAAAGGCAAGGUACUUUUAAGUGCUGCUUUUCCAUUCACUGUGAAUGGAGAUUCAUCUUCCUUGUGAACCAUUUUAUUGUUGUGGCAACCUUGAUGUUUGUUAGUGUUUUUAUUCAGUGAAAUGGAGUUAGCGUUUAUAGUCCCUGUAUUUCUUUUGGUUUCUGUUGACACACAUUAAUUGGCACUAACCACUUGGCGUUGAGUAUGUCUGAUUUCUCUGUCAGCGAUUGUCUGCCACAUCCAGCAGCUUGCACUUUUCCCCUGGCUGUGGGUCUUCAUUCCACUUUAUUGACAAGAACUCAGAACUUGUGUGAAUGUAUGUAAGUUGUCUGUAUUCACAGAGAUUAAGACAUGCAUAGAACUGGCUCGCGCCUUAUAAUUCGUUGGCAAUUAUAUAUAUUCUUUGUUCUAUUCAGCUCAAGGAAAUUAUUGUAUGUGUGAAUACUGGUAUAUCAUUGUA